GCAAGACAGCGCGGGACGAGGAGGGGGACAAAUCCAGCCGUCCCCUCAGGGGCUGACUAAAUGAGGCGCUGCACGGCCUCAGUCACCCAGAGAAGCCUGCCCGGGCGCUUGCUCUUUUGGAGGGAAAACAACUUCAAAGGAGUUCGAAGCGCGCGGGCGACGCCUCAACUGCAAAAGAAGAGCAACCACUGCAGAAGCAGCAGCAGAGAAAGGGAUCCGGGCGGGAGGUGGGACUAAGGGGCUCCUCGCCCCUUUCCCCCUUCUCCGGUGACGUUGCGGUCUCCUCCCUCUGGCGGAGCUGAGGCGCCUGCAAAAGCCCUUUUGCCGCUCGGCGCGGCCCCGUAGUCUUCCGUCCGUCCCGCCACCCGCCCGAGCGAGCAUCCACCGCGCGCGCUGAGGGGCCACGACUUCGCUUCUUCGCCCGCCCGGAAUGAGCGCUUGACUCCGGGAGGCAGCGCUAGUAGGCGCGGAGGCGGCCGGGUCUAGAGCGCGGGGGUCGACCUCCUGCCGCCGCCAUGGAGUGAGGUCUGCGCAACGGGCAGCUGGGGGAGAGGUAAGCGCUGGAGAAACCCACCACCACCACUCCCGACGGCAGAAAUGGCCGGCCGGGCAUCCUCGUAGCUGGGGAACUUUCCUCGGCCCUGCUCGGGGUUUGGGGGCGUUGCUGGGUUUGGAUGGCGGUGAAAUGCGCGGAGGGCAAGGCCAGCGCGGUCUGCAGAUGCCCAGAGGCAAGUUAUCUUGACAGCUGAGGCAGAGCCGGUGGUUCGUUGAGCGGGGGGUGGGGUGUGUGGAAAUGGGUGGGUGGCGCCCUUGGGUUCAACCUUCCCUCCUGAACUUAGGCGCAGACAAUGAAGCCCCGGGAUAGGAAAGCGCCAGAACUUCAGGAGCAUCCUGGCUUGGAGAGAUAAGUUGAAAGGAAGCUCCACGAAAGUCAUUAGGAGUAAGCAUGUCUAAAAUUAGGCUGGGGGUGGACUUCGAUGAGAGGAAGAUCCGCUCUACUUGGAGGCUUCUCCCCUCUCACAGAAAAUCGAAGGGACCAAAUUGCUCAUCCAUUUAGGCUUAAAAGACUGGGGCCGGGUCUGGGUGGGUGAGUUCGUGCGUAUUGCGGCUGAGGCUCAGAGAUGUGUGUUUUGCUGUGCCUCUCCAUCAGUAUGUAAGCUGAACUCAUCUCCCUCUGAUCUCCACAAAAGCAAGCCCUCUGCUUCACCCUCAAAUGUGAAAUGCCAGCGGUCUGAGCAGGAUUUACAGAGCAGUCGUAUAGGCACUUGGGAGUUUUUCCGUUGCCAGUUCACCUUUUCAUUCUUCGCUCUCGCCAAGUGUCAUGCCAAGAGCAACAGACUCCCAAGAACAAAAAACAAGAGCAAGGGCUAGCAGCUUCUUGUGAAGUUGAAGAAGUUCUGAGAAGGCCUAAGGUUUUAGGCCUUGGCCUUGCUCUUGUUUUUGUUCUUGGGAGUCUGUUCGGCAGGCGUGACUUUUGAGUGAAGAAUCAAAGGGAUAACUCCUGCCUGCCCAGCAGUGAAACAGCCACUAAAGGCAGGAUUGCUCUGUAAUGUUACAGCCAGCCAUAGACUUAUACAGAACAAACAUGUGCUAGGAGUAAAUCUCACUGAGGUGAAUGGGAAUUACUCCCUGGUAAGCAUGUUUCGUCUUAGACCGUUUCCACCCAUCAGAUUGCAGCCUUAGACCAUUUCCACACAUUACGCUGAAAUGUACCUUUGAUCUUCUUGCACUUCCACAUGCAAAUGUUGUUAAGGUGGGGCAGAACACAGAAAAUGGUUAAAUGUCCAGUUUCAAUCUAGUCAAGAUUAUGCACUUGCAUUAGACUGAACACCAGUUCAGCCUAAUCCUUUCCAUGUUUCAUUGGGAACAAGUAACCCCAUAGUCAGUCACGACUGGACCUAAUGGUCAGGGGUCCCUUUACCUUUACCUUUAUGUAUGGAAUUGCAGCAUCAGUGAGUCAGAAUUUGCUUUAUCUGACUAUGGAAAGGUGUGAGCCAGUGACCUAGUGGCGUCAGCCGCUUUGGAGAUACCCAGCAGGUCUACCCUGCUUAGAGUGCUUGCCCUCUGUUAUUCUGAACUACAUUCUGGAAUAAGUGCCAUUCUACUUCUAUAACUGUUAUAAUCAAAGCCACAAAUACAAAACUGACCACAUUAUCUUGUAUGGAGAUGCAUACAUUGAAAAGUUAACGGGAAGAACCCAUAGUCUGGCAGCCUUUAACCAUGCUGACUGCAUAAACAAAAGGCAGGUGAGACUCUCUGAGGGGUGAAAACUAAUAUUUGUUAAGUGAAUUUGAGCCCACACCCUUAUACUAAAUAACCCUUCCAUGGCUUCACACCAAUCUUCUGUAGUUUCUCUUUGACCCCUUUUUGAAGGUGCCACACUUCAAAAGUUAGAAAAAUGUUCCACCGUGUCUCUGACUCUUUAACAAUGGAUUCCAUUGCAACAGCUUUGGUUUCCAGAGGUACUGAGGAGGAAAAAGGGACAAGAAGGGAAAGGAUGAAUACUGUACAUUGCAAAUGGAGCAAAAAAUAAAGGAGCGCUGCUGCUGUGCUUUCCUGGUAAUAGCUUUGUCUGCCAAAGUACAGUAGUAACUUACAUGCAUUUAACUUGUUCGCUGUCAGCUUUACGUGCUUGGCAACAAUAAUUUUUUUUAAAAUGGAAACUGGGUGGGUGUACAGAGAAAAAAGACUUUGGCAAUCUCACCUACCAUUGCACCCAAUGUGUUUUCACUAUAUGUGAUUUUGGCUUUAUGCGCUAUCCCUGGAACGUAACCCCCACAUACGUUUUGGGUCUGAUGUAUGCAUUGUAUGUACACACAUGAAAUAAAGGCAAAUGUGCAUCUCAGUUUCUCUCACUGGAGCACUUAAUCAUAUUUUAAUAACAAAGGAAACUGACAAGGCAGUGUGAAAGUAAUAUCAUCAAAAAUCACUGCCUUGUAUAUGUGGCAAUUGCUUUGCUUGCUUAGGGCAAAGAUAUGGAGGCAAAAAAACCUCUCAGAAAUAUGGGACUACUCUUUUAAACAUUCUCCUUUCCCUUCCUCCCCCACAACAAACACUCUGUGAGGUGAGUGGGGCUGAGAGACUUCAAAGAAGUGUGACUGGCCCAAGGUCACCCAGCAGCUGCAUGUGGAGGAGCGGAGACGCGAACCCGGUUCCCCAGAUUACGAGACUACUGCUCUUAACCACUACACCACACUGGCUCUCCAGUGUGAAGUUAAGAAACAAAGAUAUACAGUAAAUUGCAAUGUGAAAUACAAUAAUACUACAAAUGUUGGUGGAGGAAAGUCACAAGGGUGUUUUAAUGUUUGUAAUUGGUGUUAGUAUUGUAUGUGAAAUAUUUGUGUUUAUCUGUGUGUGUGUGUGUGUGUGUGUGUGUGUGUGUGUGUAGAAGAAGAAGCAAAGCAGAGCUAGAGUUCAAUUAUCAAAGAAGUUUGUAACAUCAUAGUGAAACAUGCCAUUCCUUUGACGGCAGGACUACAUAAUAGUAGGUGCUGGAGCAUUCAUAUCUUACGGUGUCAGUCCUAAAUACACUUACUUUGAAGUAAGCCCCAUUGACACAGUAGGUCAUAUUUCCAAGAAAACAUGAAUAGGAUUGUGCAAUAUAUCGUUCUUUGGAAUGUAGGCAUCAUUGUGUAAUGCCCUGAGCUAACUCUGCACUCAAGUCAAAAUAUUGUCUUCACAGCUUUUCUUAUCAGAGCAGUUUGAGGUCAUAAGCUCAGAAUUACCUUUUACUGCAUUUGUCAGCAGAUAAAACAAAGAACAUGUUUAUCAAAAAUAGUUAUGAAAGAAGUUCAGAUAAACAUUUCUUUCCCAGGCACCAUUAAUAUUUUGAGACAGCUAGGCAAAACGAAGCAAUUCAGUUCUUCAGAUUCUUACACUGUUUACCAUUCUCCAAGUUGGCAUGAAUACUACAGGAAAGGGCCCGGAGAAGGAGGGAACCCUGGUGAUAAAGGCAUGCACAAACAGGGCAGCUAUUCAUCAUCUGGGAUCUGUUCCUAACAAUGUCAAGGUUUGUAGUAUCGCCUUUGACAGGUAGAUGGAGCUUGAUCUCUCCUCUGUUGUUGUUUUAAAUCAUUGAGUCUUAGAUAUCUGAACUUUUACUUUUCAGGAGUGUAGUCAACUUUCAGCAUCUGUAUAUGUAAGGAAAUUAUAAGAGUUAUCAGAAACAGUAAUACAUAAAAGUUUGAUUUUGUUUUCUAUUCGCCAUGGGUGUAGUUAAUGUGCAGGACUGCAAUCCCAGGCUUGCUAACUGGAAAGAAACGACUCACUGAAGGUUGUUUUGAGUACGUUUCACGGGGCUGGACUCUUAAGUUAUAUUUUGGUGCACCUAAGGUUCUCUGGAUAGCUCUCAUUGUCCCAAUACAAAGUUCCACUAGUGAACACUUUGUGAGUGUAGAUAAGUCCCACCUAAAAGAGCGCGAAGAGUAUGCGUGCGUAUAAGCUUCAUGUACUCCUAAGAGCUUUCACAUUCAUAAGCAGCUAUUAUGUCAGCAUGUGCUCACAUUCACUAGAGAAACUCUUCACACUGUAAGAUGAACUGACAACACACUAUAUCAUAUCCCUCCACUGCUUUUUACUGUAAAAGCCAAACACCAGUUGGUUUCACUAUGAAAGAGAACCUGAUCUCAGCAUCUUCUCCAUUUUCCACAAAUGGUUCCCCCUGCUUUUCCUGCAGCACAUGCUACAGUUCAACUUCUACCUACACAAGUUCAACAUACACUCAUCUUCUGUGCACAUUUGGAACAAACUGUCUUUAUUUUUAAGCAAUUCGAUCUACUAACUGAUCCCACAAGCAAAUAAAUAGGUAAGAGCCCAUUUAUCAUUCAGAUUUCACACCUUAAUAUUUGCAAUACAGUUCUCAGCUUAAAAAAAAAUACCAAAAUGUAUACUUAGUGCAUAUUUAGAUAAAGCAUGCAUUUAAUUUGUGAUAAAAUAUGUUAAAAUAUAAUAUCCCUAAUUCACCCCAAGCAAUACCUACUGAAGUCCUUGGAGUACCAUAUGCCACAUUGUCUAAACCACUGAGCCUAGGACUUGCCGAUCGGAAGGUCAGCAGUUUGAAUCCCCGUGGCGGGGUGAGCUCCCAUUGCUCUGUCCCAGCUUCUGCCAACCUAGCAGUUUGAAAGCACGUCAAAGUGCAAGUAGAUAAAUAGGUACCACUCCAGCGGGAAAGUAAAUGGCAUUUCCGUGCGCUGCUCUGGUCUCGCGAGAAGCAGCUUAGUCAUGCUGGCCACAUGACCCGGAAAAACUGCCUGCGGACAAAUAUUGGCUCCCUCGGCCAGUAAAGCGAGAUGAGCACCGCAACCCCAGAGUCUUUCCUGACUGGACUUAACUGUCAGGGGUCCCUUACCUUUUUUUAAAGCCUGGUAGUGAUCAGGUGUGAAGUGAAGCAAUUACCGGUAGGCUUCUGAAGGCUUCUGCUACAAAUCCUGAGCUGAAGCAUCACUUAGUUUAGACUUGUUCUCAAACCUGCUGCAUCCAGAACUGAGUACUACAACUCCUUGACACUCUCACUUAUGAUAGCUCUUCUCUGCCAACAGUUUAGGAAUUCAGAGCAAAGGCAAAUCUUUAUGUCUGAAUAUAGCCAGAGGAAUUAAAACUUGCUAAUGAUUUCCAAACUAGAGAAACUAUUUUGAGAAAUAUGUCUCAAUUUAAAUUCAGCCUCUGUAAAUGUUCAAGUAGCCUUUUGGUUGGGAAUAUAUCUUAGAAUAAGAUGACUUUCUCAAGAAAUAAACUUCAAAUUAUGUAACCAAAACUUAGUGUGCUGGAUAUCUCUUGGGUUAAGUAUUGCUGUUUUAGCCAUUCCUUUGUUUCUGAGCCAUUGUGUAAAAAGCAUCAAGUUGACAGAAGUCAAGGAUGAUUGAUUAUUUUGUUUUUUUUAUACCACCUCUCCUCAUUGCAUUCACUGGUGCAUUGUGGGGGCUUUGGGGAAUCAGGGACACCCCUAGUCAAUGCUAUAUAACCAUCCCUGUAUCUUCUGUGUGGUAGAAACUUCAACUAGUUCAGAGUUCUUAGUUUAGUGCACAAUCUGUGGCCACAAAUGCUUACAUUCUCUUUCACACACCUGUGUGUGGAGGAGGAUAAAGGAUGUGCAAGGGUCACACUCUACAUGCAAGUUUUCCUCUUCCCUCAUGAACCUCUUUCCCUGCAGGAGUGUCCUGCCUUUUCCUCCUCAGCUGUAGCAGUGAAGCUGCUGUUGCUAGUUUAGUAACUAGCAUAAGUGGGCGUAAAUGGGCUGGGUAAUAAUAAUAAUAAUAAUAAUAAUAAUAAUAGUAAUCAUAUUCAGGAUCCAGUGGCAGGUUACCUGUAAGACAAGUGUUAUUCACCAGCCCUUCAUCUACUUUAAUUAUAUUGCAUGAUCACAAAAGAAUCCCUUUGCACAAUCAACAGACUGAGGUUGAAUCCUGACAAGACAGAAGUACUGUUUUGGGGGGACAGGAGGCGAGCAGGUGUGGAGGACUCCCUAGUCCUGAAUGGGGUAACUGUGCCCCUGAAGAACCAGGUGCGCAGCCUGGGAGUCAUUUUUGACUCUCAGCUGUCCAUGGAGGCGCAGGUCAAUUCUGUAUCCAGGGCAGCUGUUUAUCAACUCCAUUUGGUAUGCAGGCUGAGACCCUACCUGCCCGCAGACUGUCUCGCCAGAGUGGUGCAUGCUCUAGUUAUCUCUCACUUGGACUACUGCAAUGCACUCUAUGUGGGGCUACCUUUGAAGGUGACCAGGAAACUACAACUAGUCCAGAAUGUGGCAGCUAGACUGGUGACUGGAAGCGGCCACCGAAACCACAUAACACCAGUCUUGAAAGACCUCCAUUGGUUCCCAGUACGGUUCCAAGCACAAUUCAAAGUGUUGGUGCUGACCUUCAAAGCCCUAAACGGCCUCAGUCCAGUAUACCUGAAGGAGGGCCUUCUUAGUAGUGGCACCCGCCCUGUGGAAUGCCCUCCCACCAGAUGUCAAAGAGAAAAACAACUACUAGACUUUUAGAAGACAUCUGAAGGCAGUCCUGUUUAGGGAAGCUUUUAAUGUUUAAUAGACUAUUGUAUUUUAAUAUUCUGUUGGAAGCCGCCCAGAGUGGCUGAGGAAACCCAGCCAGAUGGGCGGAGUAUAAAUUAUUAUUAUUAUUAUUAUUAUUAUUAUUAUUAUUAUUAUUAUUUCCUUAACUUAGAUUUCUCUAGAUUGGGAUCAGACUGAGACAGUGUCACGCAGCAUGUCUUGAUAUAUAAGAUCUCUGAUGUUGUAUCACAAUCGCCUGUAGAGUUUGGCAGAAUGAUAUUCUCCAUCAAAACGACGAUGACAGAGAGAGAUGCAAGGUGGCCGUUAUAUGGGUGCAUUUGCUUACUUCAAAGCAGCUGGAGAAAGAGCAGUGCAUGGAGGGUUGUCUUUUUUCCAUCCUUGAGGCCGCUUGGGAAACUCACCCAACCUACUGCACCUGGAACUAUAUGUGGAGAAUGAAGAGUGCCGCUGCCUGCUUAAUGGAGCACAGCUGUGGGCAGCCUGAGGAAGCUCCAGCCACCAUAAAAAGCAAGCCUAGAGUGAGAGACUAGGGUGGUGUCAGCGGCUGUUUUUCUCUUUGUGAGACUUUUGUAGGUGGAUGUUAUUAAUGAUCCCCAUGUCUUCUGAAGGUGUAGCUUUACAUCUAGUUGGGACUUGAACUGACCCCUAAGUGAUCAUAGGAUUCUAACUAAAUUCCACUUCUCUCCUGCUAUUUUUUUCAACUCUGACCAGUUUUUCUCCUUGUCAUGCUGGAGUUCUAUUAGAGUAUCAAGUAAGCUGGUGGUGGUCUCUUGUAGUAAGGCUGGCACAAAUUCAUUUCUACCCCAGCACAAUGUUUCCUUUGAAUCAUUGUGCUUGUGCUGUGAUUUAGGACCAAUCCUAUACGACUCAGCAGGCGUAACCCAAGGAUAGAAUUGUUCUUUUCCUGUUUCUUGGCUUCUCAAAAUUCCAUUUGGCUUAAUCAAUGACUUUUGAGUACUGUUCCAUAUUGAAAUCUGCAGCUGACACUUUUCUAGAGAAAGAAUAAGGAAUGACCUUCUUGAACUUGUGAUCUAUUGGUAUGUAGAGAACUUGCAGCUGCUAUUGUCAUAAUCGUAAACUGAAAAACUGAAAAAUAUAUGCCUGCAAAGAUCUGUUUAAACAGUUGAGGAGGGGAGGGAAACACCCAAAAGCAAUUUAUUGAGGAAAAUUUCAACAUAAUUUAUGAUCAACUACAUAGCAACAUAGUUUUGGGUGGUUUUUUAUUUUUGCAUUUUUGUAAGUUGAUAUCAGCAAUAAAAAAAGCUUAUUGUUAAUGCUUUUAAAAUAUUAUUGGAUGAACACACUGAAAUAUGGUACAGUCUAACUUAACAGAACUGACUAAAAGCACUUCUGUUACAGUCUGUCACUGAAUUGGUAAAUCACUUUUAUAAUGAUGGAGUAUUAUUUGCUUUAACCACUUAUUCUGUAUUAUUGUUUUCAGUAAAAUGUUACUGUUUCAUUUGCACUUCUUCCGUAACAAAUCUAGAUGCAGAAUAAUACAAGAUAUGGGGAGGGCCUAAAAAAACUAAGUCAUACUUGAUGAGUCACGCCACUGAAAGCAAUGAAUAUAAGUUGCUGAAGUUAAUUGUUUUCAGUGAAUCUGCUCUGAGCAUGGCUAACAUUGGAUGUCAGGUAUUAUCAAUGAAAAAGAGUUUUCAGUGUUUAAAAUACUAUUAGAAAAUUCAUAUUUACAUUUAAAGGUCACAGGGCCUGUUGCUCUGAAAUUAGGGAUUGGUAACAAUACUUGAAGCAAAUAGCAUCACUCCACAUGAUCAAAGGAAUGUCUUUAACAAUUAAAGUAAUAAAGCAAUCUUAAGUGAUUUUCUGUAGACAGUCUUGAGUGUAAUUUCAUAGCGGGGAGUGGGUGACUCAGGGAAUGUGGGAAACCCCUUGACACAGACUUGCUGAGAAGUGCUUAUGAGUACAUUUUGUAAAGGAGAAAGAAACAUAAUGCACCAGAUUCCACUAAGAGAUCCUGCUAGCAGAAGCCUGAAGGACUUACGCUGGUGUAAUGGGGCUUCCCCUCCCCACACACCAUAUUGAGUUGGUUGCUAGUUGCCAGGUUGAGAUAUUUCUUUCAGCUUAUUAAUUGUGCCAAAUAUGUCCCUGAUUUGUACUUGCAAAAGCGUGUGUGAUGGAUAGUAAAGGGUAGCCAAGAAUUUAGGACAGGUGUGUGAUGGCAGCAGGCAGGCACUGACUACAGGGGUAAGAUAAUACAUGAAUGCAUAGCAUUUACCUAUUCAUGGCUACUCUGUUAGUACCAUUAAAAAGAAUUAAUACUGUAUUGGAAUGGCAGUUUAUCAUUAACCCAUUUCUGCUAACAACAGAAAACUUCAUUGUGAUCUUUUCUUAGUAACAAUUGUAGCAUGAUUCUUUUGUUGUUUUGGGAAAAUACGAAACAGAUUUUGUUGUUUUAGGAAGAUACAAAGCAGAGUGUUCCUGGAUGCCUAGUUAGAAAACAUUUGUCUUUCUACCAUGAUUUUGGAUGAUUUGGAUUAUGAAGACUAUGCAAAUGAUGCAAACAAGGUGUAAUAUGCUGCUGGUAGUUUGACCCCACAAGCAGCAUAGCCACACUGUUUUGCACCUCCAGAAAAUGUUCAAGGGUAGCCCCACAUUGCAGUAAUCCAACCUUGAGGUUACUGAUGCAUAAAUAACUGUGUUCAAGCUAUCACAAUCCAGGAAUGGCCAUAGCUGUCGUAGCAGAUGAAGCUAGUAAAAUGCGUUUCUAGCCAAUGAGGACACCUGCACCUCCAGUGACAAAACUGGAUUUAGGAGCACCCUUUAUCACAUCUUCACUUGAAGCAGUCAUUUCAGACCAUAGAAAGUUUCACACUGCCUGUGUAUUUUACAGCACAAUCCUGUAUAUGGCUACUCAGAAGUCCUACUGAGUAUAACAGCUUUAAUUACAUAUAUAGAGCACUAACAAUGAACAAUACUCUUUGGUCACAUUGGCUCUGCAGUUCACCAUUCUACACUUUCCUGUUGUUGAAACAGACAGUUAUUUUUUAUUACAAAGUAAGUAAGAAAGAAAUAUAGACAAUAUUUCUUUAAAUGGGAGCUACGGUUUUUUAGCCACACUUAAAUUCAGGUUGAUUCUGGAGGAUGGAAAUCAGCUUUUAGUUUUUGAAAGUUAUAUUUGGAUCUUCCUGCUUUGUUGAUUAUAAUAAUACAUUGAAAAGAUUUUCUGUCGAAGAAAAUAUUUCUGCCUGGUUCUAAAAGCAUAUGUUUGUGUUCUUAUCAAGUAUGCUAAAUAAUAUGCAAAAAGUAGUGUUCUGCAUUGUGACUGAAAAUCUCUGCAUACGGUUUUCUUAGGAGGCAGUCCAUCUCUUGACUAUCAGCAAUGGGGCUUGGUGAGAAUGGCAUAGCUGUCGCCGCCACCACCAGCAGCUUCCACUCACCCACUCUCUUAAUAAGUACCUUGUUGCAUGCUUCACCUGUGGAGCUUCCCCAUCAAUGGCAGAGCUCUCCCCAUGGCAGAAGUGAGCAGAGCUGAGCAGGAGGGACUCUGCCUUUUCCAACUCCCCUCCAGCACAGCAGUUCAGAGGUCUGGAUUACUCUGCCUGGCAUUACUGAUUCUCAAGACAAUUUUAUUCAUUGCUUCGUUGCUUGUCGCAUGACUGUGCAACUGGUCCAUAUUGUGGGGUAGGACUAAACAGUUGACAAAGCUAUUUCUCCCAAAUGUUUGUAAGAGAAGGGAACUUAAGCAGUCAAGUAAUUCAGUGGUUUUCAACCAGUGUGCCAUGGCACCCUGGGGUGCCUUGAAUGAUAAUCAGGAGUGCUGCAAGCAACACUGGCCUCUGUACCACUUUCCUUCCCUCCCUCCCUCUGAUACCCUCUUGUGUCUCUCCCUCCCAGAAGCUUGCACAGCUGUUAGUUGCAGCUACGAGCUCCCCAGGCAAAUGGUGCCUCUGGGGCUGGCCAGGGGGUGCUUCCCAGGCCCCUGUAGGGCAGUGUGAGAAGGCACCUCUUUUGGGGGCAGAGCAGGGGACAGCUCAGAGAUCAGGGGUGGCAGCUGCGGCUGCUCAGAGGACUCCCAGUGAGAAGGGAGAGGAGAGGAGGCUGAGAGAACCCUCCAUGAAAGAGGGUGAGAAGCUGCCAGCUCUGCAGGCAAGGGGUGACAUAACUGGGCUCCUGAGCCCCACAGGGGUGCCGCAGAAAGAAUGUAGUUGUUCAAGGGAGCUGUGGACUCAAAAAGGUUGAAAACCUCUGACAUAAUUCAGUUCAGUGGCAGAAUAAAUGGCUAACCAGGAUUUCCUCAAAAGCCUGAAACAAGAAAUAUUUUGCAAACUCCUUUGAGUAGUUUGUGUCUGAAUUGUUCUUACAGUACAAGGGAACAACAGUUGCUGUGCUUCAUCUCCUUUUGUCUGUCUGUCUUAUACUGUGUAUUUGUGUGAAGGAAUCUGCUAUCUGUAGAAGGCUGCUUAUACUGUGGGUAACUCAGCAUUGUUCUACCUUUGGAGGCAUACUGCAUUUAGAGCAACCUUUCUGAAGGGAACCUGGUUGAAGAAGGCCAACACAGAGUGGAAAUGGGAUGGAAAGCUUGGAAUUAAUAUUGAGUUCAUUCUUGUAGGCAUGGCCUAAUAAUGUGCCUAAUGAUAAAGGCACAAUCCUCUAAUUUCCCAAAGUCCAAAGCACCAACUAAUAUAUUGAGCAAUAGUGACCCACAGGAUUCAGCAUGGGGAUUCCACCAAUUGCAGCUGGAGUGGGAAAGUGUUCCUCUUGGUGCAGCUUAGGAUUCAAAUUCACCUCUUUCACUGCUGUGGAAGGAGUAACUCAGUUUUUUUUUGCAGGGGUAGAGAAUGAUGUGACUAGAGAGCAGAUACUUUUGUGUGGCAUUGAUACAGCCUGUUCUACUUAAGUGUUGAUACAAUACUGUGCCAGUAAUAAAGAGAGACAGUUUGCCCCACCUACGGUAGUAUUUAAUUUAUGCCAAAAUGCAAGGAGGGAACCAUUCAGCCCAGCAGCCAAAUGACACAACUAUUUUCGCAGGUUCAAGCUCUUGGGAUUAUGUUCAACAGCUCCACAAGCCAGCAAAUAAAUUUAUAAGCAGUCCAUUGACUUUUUUGUGUGUAAAGUUCUCACUUGAAUCAUUACUCCUGUCCCCAAACAUUAAUUUAUUAGUCUAAUUUUGGGAACCUAUGGUUUGGAAAACUUGAUCUCGGUGUGUGGCUUCUGUUUAUUUUAACUUCUAACAUGUUUUCCCCUUUCUGAAUCUUAUGAAAUGGCUUUCCCUCAGGAAAAACAUCAUUGUGCAGUAGGUUUUGGAUGUCAUUUUUCUCCCCUUGCCCUCGGCCUACUUCUGGUUUUAAUAAUUGAAAACUACUGUUCAUUAUUUACAUAAAUCCAUCUCUCUUGGUCUUGCUUUCUCUAACCUUUCCCCUCUUGAGAAUUUCAGGAAUUCUCUGGCUUUCCUCUGGGGAAUCCUAGCCUGUUUUGUCUAAGACCUGUGUUGAGUUGGUAGGUAAUUUUGAUGGGAGGAAAGAGAAAUAGCCAUGGUUAAACAGUCUUGUUUUGUUUUUUACUUUCACAGAGUGUGCCAUUUUUAUUUUUUUUAUCCCUUUUUAAACAGGCGGGUAGUUGGGAAAAUAUACAUUUUUACUUUGCAUUCAACUUUUAAAGUGACAGGCUGUAAAUCUGCACAUGUGAAAUCGAAGGGUUCUUUUAAGCUAAUAGGAAAAAACACACAUGCCCUAAAGGCCAGCUAUUUCAAAUACAUUUCCAGGAUCUACUCUGCUGUUUUCCCCUCUCCUCUUAAUGAAGACGUGUCACAGCUAGAGGCUUUAUACACAAUUCUAAUGACUCCUGUACAAGCCUCCCACAUUCCAAAUCCUUUACUCCACAGCUGUGAACGUCAGCCAAUCCGACAUACACCGCCUUGGCUUGGCUGAUGUUAACAUGAUCUCUCUCUCUCUCUCUCUCUCUCUCUCUCUCUCUCUCCCUCCCUCCCUCCCUCCCUCCUCCCCUUUGUGUAAGUACAGUAAGAAACUACUUAUAUUAAUUGUCUUGAUUGUUGAAAAGACUUUUUAAUAGCCCAGUAUUUAAUUAUGCCUAAUAAAUUAGACCUUUCUGUAUAUCUGAACCUUCUGGGUAGGGUGGCCAGAUGCAAAGGAGGAGAGGGUUCUUGCAGCUGUAUAUGAAAGAUGGAAAUUUAGCAGUAAUUCAAGCCAUUCAUGCUGAAAUUCCCUCAUCUACCUAUUAAAGGUGCAGGAGCCCUGUCCUCUUGGACUCUCCCAUCCUUUCCCCCUUACAGGUGAUGAGGAGGAGAGGAUUCAAGUCCUGCAGCAUGAGAAUGCCAUGCCCAUAAAAAUAUAUACCGUAUUGGCCCGAAUAUAAGCCACACCCAAAUAUAGUAUAAGCCACAACUUUAAAAUUUGGGGGGGAGAGAAAAAAAAUACUCCAAUAUACGCCGCUCCCUUAAAAUUCCACAGGCACUCACACCCGUAAAUGGUAAAUGUUCCGUUUUACCGUAUGUCUGUUUCAGCAGCGAUAUCGUAAAAGCCCAUUUUUGUAAGGUCGCGAAUUUAAGCCGCACUUUAACUUUUCAUGGUCGGAAUUUGGAAAAAAGUGAGGCUUAUAUUCAAGCCAAUAUGGUACUUAUGUUUGCAUUGGAAUUGUGAAGCCUUUGCAAGUACAGGGGGUGAAAGAUGAAGUUAGUAAAUAGAGACAGAUGCAAGACUUCGUUAGAAUAAUAUGCUUCAUCAAAUAUUGAUUUCACCCCUGCCAAUGUUACAACACUGUGCCUGCAUAGGUGGUGGGAUAGCAAGUAAUACUUAAUAAAGAUUAAUGCCCCCCGCCAUCUUUUGCCAUCCUGUCACCACAGCCAUGAUAAGGCCAUUAUUCCAACUAAUUAUACAGGCAGUAAUAGUCUCACUGGGGAACACAGAUCUCAUACAUGAAGAUGGGAGGUAGGGAAUAUAUCGCUAUCGUGUUUUUUUACACCCGAAGUUCUUGUUGCCUGUGGUGCCCACAAGAGGUAAGCUGUGCUUUAUGGAGGUCACAUUCACAUCUGUUCAAGAUAGUGCUUGGGAGCCAAUAUACUCCCCCCCCUUGCAUUUCCUUCACCCACUGAGCGGCUAGGAGGCCUAUAGUGCUGCCUACAGUAAGCGUACUGCUGCUGUUGAUUCUGCUCAUCCGUGCGCAUGCCCCUCCCCUGCCAAAUGCUGCUUCCCCUUUAAGUGCAGGCAAUCCAAAGGGCUGUACCGUAUUAUAGAAUUUGUUUGUUCCACAAGUGGAGCAAUUUGCUGGGAUAACUGGUUCUCCACGCAGGACUUCUCCAUGCCCACAUUGCCAAGUACAUUCAUUCAUUUAGUAUGUUCAUUUAUUUAUUUAACAAAUUUUAUAUACUGCUUGAUUGUAAGAAAACCUCUAAGUGGUUUGCAAGAACAUUAGUUGUGUGAAAGUUAUGUAUGUGUACUGGACUGAUGGGUAACUUCCAUGUAGGGCUGGGGGAAGGGUAAUUUUUCUGUAUUCAACAAGAUGGUUAGUGGGUGGUUGUGGAUUUUACAGGAAUGCUGUGGGAAUUUCUUUCUUUGUUGCUACAUUGGCUUUUGUUUAUAUAGAUAUUGCUGCUCUGUUGAAUCUGUGACUGAUAGAGCAAAGGAUCACGAGCACAUUAUGAAUUCUCAGAGGCUUUACACAAAACUAACCAUAACUAUCACUCUUGUUCCCUCCCCCUUUGUCCCCUCCCCCACCAUCUAGGCUCCUUCAAAGAUGGUCCGGCUGCCAUUGAGACCUGGAGCUCUAAUGCCACAAUGAGGACUCACACACGGGGGGCUCCUAGUGUGUUUUUCAUACAUGUGGUUUGCUUCGCACUGGUCUACAGCAGCAAUAACAGCCCAAGCACCGUGGUUCCUUUUGUCAAUGCCAACUACGACAGCUACCCAAUGCUCUACUUUUCCAGAGGAGAGAUGCGGGAUUUGCGAUUCAAGGCCGCCAAUUCACACCAACACAUUUCGGCUCGGUUGGCUGAGGCUGUGCAGACCAUGCUGUCAAACCCUUUGGAGUACCUUCCUCCCUGGGAUCCCAAGGACUUCAGUGCUCGAUGGAAUGAGAUUUACGGCAACAACUUGGGUGCUCUAGCAAUGUUCUGCCUGCUUUAUCCAGAGAACCUGGAAGCUAUCAAUAUGGCCAGAGAUUACAUGGAAAGAAUGGCGGCUCAGCCUAGUUGGUAUAUUUUUAUCUUUGUUUCUACUGCCCCCUCCCCACAAAAAAUCCAUUUGUACUAAAAAAAAAAAAAAAAGAUUUAUAUGAAGAGAAAGCAAGAAAAGGGGUAGGACGUUUUGGUUUUCUUCCUUAAUUUUGUCUGAAAUGAGUGCACAUUUUCCAAAGCCUAAAGACAUGGCAGAUGCUUAUACUGUAACUUUUUCCCCCAAACUACACAUUAUGUUAGUCAUGUAUGUAAACAUGCAUGCUUAAUCAGACUGAUUUUAUUUUGGAGAAAAAUCAGCUAUGACACACUGAUGUGGAAUGGGCUUGUACCCAUUUUCUGCUGAAAAUCCCCCCUGUCUGGUUGCCAUUUGUCUCCUGAGGUGCUGCUUAAAGUAAAGGUUCUGUCUGUAGUCAUGACAUAGUGUCAUUGUUCCCAUGGGGCAUUGUGCUCUUCAGGAACCCCACUGGGCUCUUGUGGGCAGUGAAAUGGCAGCUUUUUUAUAUAUUAAAGUAGAAAAAAGAAGAAAAUUCCUUGGCCACUUCAUUUUUAUUUUUAAAUUCUGAACUUCCCUGAGAUCUACAGGUAUAGGGUAGUGUACAAAUUUAAUAAAUACAUAAUAAUAAAUAAGUAUUAAAGGCUAAGACUUCCUCCUAAAAGGUUUUAAGUGUCCCCUUCCAUGGGCAGGCUCUUUUUUACAAGCAACUAAUAGUCCUGCCAAAGAGGAAGGGAUAUUUGGCUCAGUCUUUGUUUAUAUGAUAGCAGAAGAAUAUUAUUUCAAUAUGAGUACUCAGUUACAAAUAUAUCAAAACUUAAAUGUUAACAGUUCAUAGUAGGAGUUUCCACCCUGCACAAAGUAUUUAUUAUGCUGUUUGCAUUCUUUCCUGCAGUCUUUUCAACUUUAUAAUACUGUUUUAAUACUGCCAUGCAUUGCUUUCUCACUUAGGUGCCUAAUGAGUGUUAAAAUUGUCUCCUACUUACUUCCAUAUCAUUUGGUAUGCUGUUCUUAAUUACAUCCUAGAAAAAUCAUAUUUGCAAUCAAAUGAGCCACGGCAAAUUCUUGCUCAUAUUCUGGUUUAUUCCAUGGAAACUCACAUUUUAGUUGGAUAGUUAAAAACAUUUUGUAUUCUCAGUUGUUUAUAUAUUUUUUGUGCAUCCUGAGGUUAAAAUACAGCUUUAAGAGGAUUCUGCAUUGUAAAGCUUGAUUAUUUUAAUCACCAUUUCUAAUCAGCUCAGUGGUAGAGCAUCAGCUUUGCAUGCACAAUAUACUGGGCUCCAUCACUGGUACCUGCAGGUAGACCUGAGAGAGAUCCCAACCUGAAGCCCUGGAGAGCUGCUGCCAAUCAGGGUAAACAUUACUGAGCUAAGUGUUUAUGAAAUUAAUCUCAUCUCAAAAUCUGUAACUCAGGUUACACGUUUAAAGACACACCCUUUAACAAGUGAGAUGUCUGCUCUGUUAUAUGUUUAGGAUUAAUUUGUUUUUAUUUUUGUAUCGUUAAUGGUUCAGAGAGCAACAAAAACAUUUCGUGAUGAACGCUUACUCCAGAUUGUCACAAAUGCAGCAGGACCACAGUAAUUCCUGCUACUGAUAUAGUAACUUGCUACAGUACAUAGGGUCCUCAAGUUACAAUGCUGGAUGGACCCAGUUAUGCAAGCCAUUCAGCAAGUAUGACGAGUGGAAGCCUGAGGAAAUGAUAGCAUAGGCAAGAUGGAUGGAAUUGGGAGGAGAGGUGGCAUACUAGCGUGAAUAUUGCAGAUAGAACCUAAUUACCUGACCUCUCGCUUGAUUUCAAGUUUUCCCAUGUCUAUAGCAUUCACCUGUAACAAAAUAGCCUCCCAGCUCUAGAUCCAGCUUAUUGGGCCAUUUGAAAACUUUUACUGAAAAGUGUGAAAGUAACCAUUGUUUUCUUUUUACAGUGUCUAGGCUGAAUUGCCUGCACUGUAAAGCAUCUCACUGCUUUAUGGAAUGUUUUGUUUCCUGUGCUUGGAAUGCAGCUUGAAAUCCUAUCUUGUGUUUGUGUAUCUUGCAUUUGAACUUGGUUAAAAAGAAGAAGAAGAAGUUUGGUAUAUACUUUCACGCUAAGUGCCUCGUUGGCUGCCUCUUUCAAAAUAGAGAUAAUGCAGUAGAUUGCAUUUUCUCCUGUGCCACAUCUUACAACUCUGUAUUUUCAGGUAAAGUAUUUUGUAUUGUAUUUGUCCAUAGAGAUUAUGGCUUUUCAAGACCGGGGCAUGUUGUUUUAUGCCUAUGAUGAUGAUUUUUCAGAGAAUGCUGCUGAGGAAUGGGGAGCCUCAGGCUCAGGGGCCAAAUUAUGCCCUCCAGGCUCUUUAUCUGACUCCUCCCAUACAACGCCUCCUUCCCAAGCCACUCUCCCUCUCUCCAGGCCAUGCCCCUCACCUGCCCUGCUCCAUACUCUCCCCAAGUGCUUUUGCCUGGCUGGAAUGUGUCCUUGAUGAUGCCGCUGCAUGGACAGACAGACAUGCAAAAACCUUGACUUAUAAGUGGCUGGAUUGCAGUCGCUGUACGGGUUUAAGAGUCUCAUUUGUUGCCCCACUCACCUUUGUUUCUGGCCCUACCCAUCAUUGGCAUAUAGCCCCAUCAUGGUACAUGGCCAUGAGGAAAUGCAAUUCUUGGGCUGAAUAAGGUUCCCCACUCCUGCUUAAUUAUGAUGAUACCAGUGCCAUAACAGUGGAAGAGAAAAAAGGAAAAGACAACCAAGAAUGAAUGUGAGCAAAAGGGUGCAAUCCUAAACACAUUAAUAAGCCCCUUUAAACACAGUAGGAUUUGCCUCUGGAUAAAUGUACGUAGGACUACAAGAGUAUGCUUUAUUUCAGUGGAAGAUGAGAAUCAGAGGAGCAAGCCAAAGGCUUCUGUGGAAGAGGUGUGCAGUAUCUUCAGCAGAGCUUAAAACAGAGUGAGAGAUGAGCAGUUGGGAAGGAGGAGCAACAUGGACACAGUUCUCCCCUAAUUGUUCCUACCUACUUUGAUGGGUGUUAGUGGACUGUGAAUGUUCCCAUAAAGAAAUUGGGAAUGGCCACAGACUAUAAAUAAUUGGAAAUCCCACCAGAAAGUGCAAAUAGGAAAGCUGGCAUGAUUGACCCGAGGCUUUUAUGUUGCACAAGGCCUGAUCAAAAAUAUUACUUUUAUAAGAUCCUGCUGCAACCUAGAUUAAAAAGUAAGCACAGGUUAAGUGUCUUCUGUAGGAAAGUUGUCUAUCCCACAUACUAAGGACUCGGAGAAGAUGUUGCAUUUUCUUAUGAAUGUGCUAGCAUAACCCCACUGAUUUCAAAGUUCUAGGGAAGCGCAGGGUCUGUUUUGUUUUGAAAGCUCUUUUUUAUCACAGAGGGAUUCAUUGGAGUAAAUGGAAUGCUUCACAUCUGGGUUUUUCAUAAAAUUUUAUUGGCAGUUUGAGUGGUUCAUCUGUGUAUUUGGGCUCUCUUGAUUUCCACUGAGAUGGUGCUGGCACUAAAGAUGUUAUCUCAAGUAUAAAGGAACACCCCAUCAUGUUCAAGUAUUCUCUAAAGCAAAAUCUGCAACACAAUAAUAUUUUCAGUUCUGUGUGACGUCACCGAAUCGAAUAUGAUGUGUGUUGUGGCACAGAAAUGUAUUUCUGCCAGGAAAAGCACGUAACAUAUAUAAAAGUUAAGAGAAUUUGUUAUGGUGCAGCUCAAUGUUACAGUAUUGGCCUGAAUAUAAGCCUCACUUUUUUCCAAAAUUCUGACCUUGAAAAGUUAAAGUGCAGCUUAAAUUCGUGACCUUACAAAAAUUGGCUUUUACGAUAUCGCUGCUGAAACAGACAUACAGUAAAAUGGAACAGGUUUGAGUGCCUGCAGAAUUUUAAGGGAGCGGCUUAUAUUGUCUUUUAUUUUAUCCCCCCCCCCUUGAUGUUUAAGGGUGCAGCUUAUAUACGGGUGUGGCUUAUAUUCAGGCCAAUACGGUAAUUUUAAUUUGUAUUGGGCACUAUCCAGUACUGUGCAAUUUCAGCCACCUUGUUCUGUCCUCUCCUCCGCAGCUCCUACACUCUCAAAAUGGUCUACUCAAACCUGUGUGUGUGUGUGUGUGUGUGUGUGUGUGUAGGGCUACAGGAAGAAGAGGAAAUCCAUUCUGUCCAUUCCAACUCUAUAUUGGAAAAUAUAUUUCAGUUUCCUUAUAGAAAAGUUAUAUAAUAAAGUUAAAGUCAGGUUCUUUUUCUGUUUUUAUUACUGCAGUAAAUUUACAAGAUGAAAAAAAUAAAAUAAAACUACAUUCAGCUUUUGUUUACGAAGGCUAAGCAGAAAAUGGAACAAUGUCUCUCACAACAGGAAAAUGAUGAUUUUUUAGAAUUAUUUUCAAAAGUUGCAAUCUCCUUCAGCACCUCUUUUCCUUUUAUAACUGUUUUGAAAACUGUUUCUAUCUGCUGUAUUUUUAUAAUUUCAAUUGUUGUAUAACCACUAUAGUAUUAGAACUAUUUAUAAAUAAUCCAUUAGAAAAAAAUAUAAAUAAAUCUGGUAGCAGACUAGGUAAAAGAAAAGAUAAGGGAAACUAUAUUCUAAAAAUGAUAAAAUUAAGAGAUUUGUUUAAAAAAGAUCAUAGAAUCAUAGAGUUGGAAGAGACCACAAGGGCCAUCGAGUCCAACCCCCUGCCAAGCAGGAAACACCAUCAGAGCACUCCUGACAUAUGGUUGUCAAGCCUCUGCUUAAAGACCUCCAAAGAAGGAGACUCCACCACACUCCUUGGCAGCAAAUUCCACUGUCGAACAGCUCUUACUGUCAGGAAGUUCUUCCUAAUGUUUAGGUGGAAUCUUCUUUCUUGUAGUUUGGAUCCAUUGCUCCGUGUCCGCUUCUCUGGAGCAGCAGAAAACAACCUUUCUCCCUCCUCUAUGUGACAUCCUUUUAUAUAUUUGAACAUGGCUAUCAUAUCACCCCUUAACCUCCUCUUCUCCAGGCUAAACAUGCCCAGCUCCCUUAGCCGUUCCUCAUAAGGCAUAAGGCCUUUGACCAUUUUGGUUGCCCUCCUCUGGACACGUUCCAGUUUGUCAGUGUCCUUCUUGAACUGUGGUGCCCAGAACUGGACACAGUACUCCAGGUGAGGUCUGACCAGAGCAGAAUACAGUGGCACUAUUGCUUCCCUUGAUCUAGAUGCUGUACUCCUAUUGAUGAGGCCCAGAAUUGCAUUGGCUUUUUUAGCUGCCGCAUCACACUGUUGACUCAUGUCAAGUUUGUGGUCAACCAAGACUCCUAGAUCCUUUUCACAUGUACUGCUCUCAAGCCAGGUGUCACCCAUCUUGUAUUUGUGCCUCUCAUUUUUUUUGCCCAAGUGCAAUACUUUACAUUUCUCCCUGUUAAAAGUCAUCUUGUUUGUUUUGGCCCAGUUCUCUAAUCUGUCAAGGUCGUUUUGAAGUGUGAUCCUGUCCUCUGGGGUGUUAGCCACCCCUCCCAGUUUGGUGUCAUCUGCAAAUUUGAUCAGGAUGCCCUUGAGUCCAUCAUCCAAGUCGUUGAUAAAGAUGUUGAAUAAGACCGGGCCCAAGGCAGAACCCUGUGGCACCCCACUAGUCACUCUUCUCCAGGAUGAAGAGGAACCAUUGAUGAGCACCCUUUGGGUUCGGUCAGUCAGCCUGUUACAAAUCCACUGAGUGGUAGCAUAGUCAAGACUGCAUUUUACCAGCUUCUUUACAAGAAUAUCAUGGGGCACCUUGUCAAAUGCUUUGCUGAAAUCAAGGUAGGCUACAUCUACUGCGUUCCCUUCAUCUACCAGGCUUGUAAUUCUGUCAAAAAAACGAGAUCAGGUUAGUCUGACAUGACUUAUUUUUCAGAAAUCCAUGCUGACUAUUGGUGAUCACAGCAUUCUUUUCUAGGUGCUCACAGACUGUUUGCUUAAUGAUCUGCUCCAGAAUCUUCCCUGGUAGAUGGGAGCAGUGAUUCUAAAAAUUAAUCUAUGCCUGUCUUUUAUUAAGUAUAAUGUAAUAACUUUAACAGGUUGUACAUUUUAACUGGUUGUAAACAGAGCUCCUAUCCCUAAAUGAUUUAUAUAUCAUCCUGGCAUUUGCUGUAUGACGUUUCUACAAAAUAUCAUGGAAAUAUUAUUAUAUUGCAUGCUUGGAAGCACUGAAAGAUAAACAUUUUAUGAAUAGUUUGCUGUCAGGUGACUCCCUAGGAGGAAAAUAUUCACAGAUGUUGCCUGUUGUGUAGUGAUAUUUUCCAUACAUUUUAAAGCCUGUUCAAGAACUCAGUGACAUAAUUUGAGUCUGAUGCAAGGCCAUAUUUGAACUUUCACUUAAAGAAAUUGAAAGGAGCUCUCUUAAACUUUCAUUGUAUUGCAGCUAGUAAACCACUCUUUUAUAAGCUAUGGUCUGCAUGCACUAUUUGUUUUGGUGCACCAUUGGUGGAAUUCAAGUGCACAGUGCAGAUGGAUUAAUUUGAAACAGCCAUUUCACACUGUACUUAGGCUUGUACUGUAUCUGUUAUUCAGAACUGCAUCAUUGUUUUCUGUUAAAAAUGCAGAAAGUGAGAAAUGCAUCCCUAGGCAUGCAUUGGGUGUGUGCCUAGAAGCUGUAGCCAGUCAGAGUUCCUUGGUGUGUAUCUCUGAAUGUUUAUGAACAUGCAUCUGCUCUUCAUACAUCACAUAUUUACUGUGGAAGAAAAGAGCAGCUUGGCCCUAUUUAGUAAUUGCCAAGGUAUUUCAGAAGAGAGAGGCUGUUGGCAGUAGAACUUCUGCUUUCCAUGUAGAAAGCCUCUGGUUAAAUCCCUGGUGUGUCCAGGUGGAGGGGGGGAGAAUGCCCCCAGUUCAAAACCAUGGAGAGUUGCUGCUACUCGGUGUAGAUACUACUGAGAUAGAUGGACCCAUGGCCAGACUUUGGAAUGUACUUUCUGAAGUUCUUAAGAAACCGGCCAAAACGAGUGCUUAAAAAGCCAACAACUUUAUUGCGAAGAUCAGCCAAGAACAUCCCCACUCACAUAGCUGCCUCGAUUCUGGACCUCCUGUGGUUAGCAGGUAAAACUCCUCAUCACUUGGUUACUGUGAAGUGUGUGAUAUAUAAAGCAACACUUGACUGGAGUUGUGAACCACCCUACUUCCAUCUAGGAUUGGAAGAGUGCUGAUUCCUUAACAAUUUUAGCCACAUGUCAUCAUCUCUGAUUUAAUGUUUUUAAGUAUGAUAGCUGCAAUCAACCCCCUCUCCAUUUUCUCUUGCUUUUUAUUGAAGUCAGUGAAAUUGCACCAGGAUAAAUAGGUUGUAGAUCUGUAUUAUGUUACCAGAUAGUGAAUGAAUAACAUUUUGUCAACUGUGUAGGCUUCUAGUGUGGUUUUGAAAGUACAUAGUGCCUCUUCUCAGUGGGUUGUACUAUCCAAUUUAAGUUACACUCAAAUAGGUCCAUUAGUAAUAAUGGAUGUAAGUUAGUCAUGUCAAUUUCAGUAGGUCUAUUUUGAGUAUGACUUAAUUGGAUUUAACCCAGCUUUAAUGAAAGUUAACAUUGGUAGCAAUUGUUUAGAUUUUGUUUUCAGAGCUUGAAUUUAUUCUUAGCUAAUCCCCCCAUUAAGUGCUCUAGAAAAUUUCUAAUCUCCUUCCUUCAAAGGAUUAAAGUUUAGCAUUAUACUGAUUCAUGAUGCAACAAUAAAUUUAAGAGAUUCCAUUCUUUGUCUUUCAAGGCAAGCCUGUAAGUUGGUAUAUUGAGUCCAAGCGAGGAUUCUGAUACUUGCAUAGUUAUCUACUUGUAUAUCACCAGUGCAUGAUAGUACUUUUCAAAACAAGAAUUAUUUAAAUCCAAUACAGUCUUUUUCUCUCCCCACCCCCAUGUUAUUCCUGAAGAAGAGUUUUUUGCUCUUCUGCUUCUGUUUUUACAGUUGUGAAACUUUUGCAUAAGUUCUUCUUUCCGUAAAAUAACUGAUUUUCUUCCCCACCACAAAAUUGAAUAAUUUCCUCUACUGAAGAAUCUCUGUGUUUGAAACACAUUGGGAAACACAGAAAUGAACUAGUCAAUAAUUUGUUUGUAUGUCCAUUGGUUUUUCCUUUUAGUUCUAUUCUUUGAAAAGCUGGCCAUACCCAGCCAGUACCUUUGUGAAAGGUGUUAGAAUGAUUGCCAGUUUCAGGGUCUGUCCGGGCAAAUUUUUGAGGUCACUUUUUUAUUUCAUUUCACUAUUGAACCUUGAUGUCGCUGCAGGAAUAUUCAUGUAUUUCAGAUUCAGUUGUGCAGCCUCCUCAGCUGCACAUUGAAAGAACAGGUUUCUCCUUAACUGGAUUUGGGGAAGAAGUACAUAUAUUUGAUCAAAACAUAGCAGGGUCACUGCUAAAAUGUACUUCUGGGCACAUCCUAUUAGUAGGGAAUGAUUUUUUAAAAAGCCAGUCAGAAUGCAUCAUUUGGAUUGGUUCAGACAAUCCAAAAGAACUUCCACAUCACACAUGUGCUAAUCUUUUAACAUGCCACAAGACUUGGGUUUUUUUGCUGCAACAGGCUAGAAAUGGUUUCAUAUAGCAGAUGUUUCAUGACCUUCAGGGAAGUAAGAUAAAUUUGGCAUACAAAACAUACCUUUGAAUGAAUGCAUUGUGGCUUUUGUUCAACAGAUAAAUCUUAACAAACAUCUGGCCUAGCCUAAAAUAUGCCUGACUUCAGGCUGCUGGCAGCUAGUGUUACUUUGAUAUGUUUCAGGCAAAGAUUGGCUAGUCAGUCUUGGACCCAAUCCAUCGGAGACUGCCACUAGAAACUGAGCUAAUGGCUGACAGAUUUCUGAAGUCCCAUGCUGCCAAAAUGAUUCACCAGACACAUAGGUAGCAUCUCUAUAUGGGAUCCUGUAAGCUUGGUGUUUAGAUAUUCUGACAGAAGAUCUUCAGGAGUUGUAUAAACCAGAAGAGGUUCCGCAAAGAAAACUAUUAAUUCCCAACAAACAAAAUUCAAACUGAAGUCAGUCUUCCUGCAUUUGAUAGUUUCUCUUUGGACUCAAGCUGGUGAGUCAUUUAUCUAAAGUGGAAACAUGUGCAGAUAAAGUUUGCUUAUGAUAAGGGCUAUCUGUUUCUAUCUUUGAGCUGUUCUAUACAGAAAAACACAAGGAAGAUGGAGCAAGCUUGUUUUCUUAAAAAAAAAUAUUGUUAUGAAAUUGUACACAUGAAUCUUGAAACAUGACAUAACUAAUAAGAAAUGGAUCACGGGGGAGUAAAACACUAAACAUUAUUUUACUCUUUUUUUUACAUUAUUUCACAUAAUAAUGAAGUCAUUACAGUAAAUCAGUAAAAUGAUUUUUUUCAAUGAAUCACCUUAUUGGAUGACAUCAAUUCCACCACAUGGCUAAACUGGCUUGCUUCAUAACAGCAACUUAAAUUCAGAAUGCCCCAGCUGCCAGCUGGGUAUAAUAAAUACUUUUUAAUAGGUGAUCGGUCUGAUUGAAAUAUAAACUUGCUAAGUCCCCCUCCCCCCCCCCCAUUUCUUCAGAUGAGCAGGUAUGCAGAAUGGCAGCAUCUGGAAUAAAAGAAGUAACUGCAGUACAAUCAUCAUUUUAGAAGCAGCCAGUUGGUCCAUAAUGAAGUGUCUCAAUUUACGACAACAUAUUCUAUUCGUAUUUAUACCUUUCCAAACCAUACUAGAAUUAGACUGAUACAACUUGUUCAAAAUAUGCAUGAUUUGUACCCCUAGAUAUUUAAGCAAGCUUGUUUUUCUCUUGCUCCAGAGCAGGCACCCCCCACCUGCAGCUCUCCAAAUGUUUUGGCCUACAACUCCCAUGAUCCCUAGCUAACAGGACCAGUGGUCAGGGAUGAUGGGAAUUGUAGUCCAAAACAUCUGGAGGGGGCCGAUGGUUGGGGAUGCCUGCUCCAGAGGAUCCCAAACCAAGGGAUUCAACUUAAAAUAAAGGUGAUUCUGAGUAAACAUUAUGAAGAACUUUCUAACAGUAAGAGCUGUGCAAUGGACUACCUUGGAAGGUGGUAGACUCUCCUUCCUUGGAGGUUUAAAAGUGGAGAUUGGGUGGUCAUCUGUCAUGGAUGCUUUAGCUGAGAUUCCUGCAUUGCAAAGAGUUGAACUAAAUGGCCCUUGCCGUCCCUUCCAGCUCUACAGUACUAUGAAUUGUACACAAUUUCAACAAAAUUCAGAAGUGGGUUGUGUGCUUUAGUGUUUCCCCUUUCCAAAAAAUCCUGUGGUAUAAAUUCCACAAUAAAAACCACAAUGUGUACAGCUGGAAAGCUCAAAUUCUUUAUUAAAUAUCCCACAAAGUCUUUGGAUAGUGGUUUUCUCCCCCCCUUUUUUUUUCUAAAAAAAAAAGCCUACUGACAGUGUUCUUUUUAAAAAAGCUUGACAGAGCCAUAAUGAUUCAAUAAAGCCCAAUUAAUUUAUUGAAUUCCAUGUAGAUGUGUGUCCCCACCCCCCACCCCAAGGGUAGAAGUCAAAGCAUGUCACGGUUUCUGGGAAGUUUAUCUACAUGUCCCUAGAGGAAGUGCUUUAGUUGCAAUGAAUGUAGAGGAGACAAAAACACUUUGAGUACAAUGUGGACAGAGCAAAGUUGAUCAGCAGGCUGACCAGUGUUCCUAAGCUCAGUGGCUUUGAAGACACAAUGUAAAAACUCCCUGGAAUUUGUGUAGGCUUGUCCAUAGAAAUGAGUUUAGUGUCUUGGAGUACCCUCCAAAAAAAUGGGGGUGGGGGAAGCUUAAUGUUUUCAGAUGGAAUUUACAUGUUUCUGGUGGAAAUGCAUGCAGAUCUGGCUUCAGAAUCAAAGCUCUUAGGAUAAGUAAUAGCAUUACUUUAGGUUGCUGUUUUGGGAAUUUGAUAUGAAAACAAAAGACAGACUAUAGGCUGAGAGAGGAAAAGGUUCAAAAACUGAGAGAGGAGAAUUGGAGCAACCAAAUCUGAAAUGACAGCUGAGGCCUUGUAUGUGAAAGGAGGGUGUUGAUGGAAAUGGAAACAAAGGCAGAAGUCAGCAAUCCAUCUCUGUUUUGAUCCAGCAGUUGCUAGAUGGCUGUAGGUCACUUGUCUACCAAGGAUCAAAGGUUGUGCAUCACUAACUGACUCUCAGCUGCUACAGGACAUUUAACAUGUUGAAUUUUAAUAUAGGAUUUGUUGCCUCUCCUACUUCCUCCCAUUCUUCUCCUUACCUCUCUGUCCUAAUGUGUUAUUAAGUACGCCCAGGUGAGGAUUCAGGAACUGGAGUGUGAUAUACUCCUACAUCAUAGAAAUAUAUCACAGCAGUUUGCAACAAUAUAAAGCCAUAAAACCAUACAGUAAUAUCAUAAAUAAUUAAAAACAAGUUAAAAUUAAAAGAAUUAAAAGCAAACAUCAGCACACCAUUGUGGGCAUGUACUCUUUAAUUGCCUGCAAAGGCCUGGCAGAAUAGAAAAGUUUUCAGCAGGUGUUUAUAAGUUGGCACAGAAGGUGCCUGCUGAAUCUCUGCUGGCAGGAUGUUCCAGUACACAGAAUGGGGAUAAACCAGGGGCUUCUCAGAGCAGAGGCAUUCCCACAUUGGGAAGGGCCAUACCACAGUGGGAGAGCAUGAGAAAUGGUCCCCAGAAUCUCCAGGUAAGGCUGGGGGAGACACCUGUUGGGAACCCUGGAGAGCUGCUGCCAGUCAGUGUAGACAAUACUGAACUAGAUGGACCAGUGGUCCAACUCGGUAUAAGUCAGCUUCCAAUGUUCCUAUUUUAUUCAAAGCACUUUCAUACUGAAAAUAUUCCCUCUGUGCUCUACCAGAAACUCUAAAGAAUGCUAGUUCUAUCACACUAUUAUUUAUCAGACCACACCUCUCUGAUUUUGUUGUAGGGACAGCAGUGGGAAAUGGUUAAGUGUUCAUUCAUUCACGUAUUUUAAGCCAUGAUAGGCCAACACUAGUUACGUAUUAAAAAUAUAAUUUUCCAGGCACUUUUUUUCACUCUUAAAGGAAAUGUCUACUUUGUAUAUUGCUAAGGAUGGUGGUACCAAAGCUGCUUUUCCACACUGCAAAAGCAGCUUAACCCAAACCAAACCCGAGUCCCAGAUUUAUUGAACAGAGUGAAAUUUCUCCCAGUUGUGGCUUGCACGUGUCUAUCAAGUCCUCAUCUUUACUUCCUGCCUCUGUAGGGCCGCAGUUUUGGCAAAAUCAAAGUACAGAAAACAAGCAAUUAAUGCCACACUAAAUGCAGAGUUUAUUGGGGAUAACUUGGUGAGGUUUUAAAUAUUUGCCUCUUGAUAAAAACAUGGGAUAGCUCUGGGCAGCCGUUCAUUAAAAAUGUGGAACAGUUGCUAGCAUGGGCUGCUUUUUGAGCCAUUGCCUUUUGUGAAGUAAACUGCAAGGGAAUAGCAGUGUAAAUUACGAGUGUGGCAGACAGACAGAUACUGACAUGAAGGUCCAGUGAUAUUUAAUAUGUUCAGAGUUUAAUCCAAGAUUAAAUGUUUGAAGUUCAUUUGAGUUUCUGCAAUUAGAGAAGCCUUUGUGGGAGGAAGGGGGAGGGUAACCACCCAAAAACUUUCUCAGUAGAUGUAAUGUUUUGGUAAGGCUGUGCUUAGCGCUGUUCCUUUCAGCUUGAUUCCAGUGAUCCCAUAGUACAUUUUUGAAGGCAAAUAAAUGACUCCACAGUGUGAAUGUGUAAAUAGGUCCUUUUAAAUCACCAAUGGUCUGGCAUAAUCAGUGGUUUGCUGUGGUAUUUUUCAAAAGCUGGAGUGUUAAAAAGGUUUGUGUAGGUAUAAAAUGUUUGCAUUUUAUGAAGCAUCAGUAUGUUACACAGCUCAUAUGAAGACUGUAUAACGUUUUUAUUGCUUUUUACUUCUAUAAACGUUGUAGAUUUUAAAGUGUCCACCUAACGUAUAAAGGAAACUCGUAAAUGUUCAGCCAUUUAUGGGCAGCAGUUUCUCUAGGGUUCAGUCACCUCCAUCCCACAAACACACAUAUGGAUUUUGCAUAAUUUCUAGCAUCUUAAGUAGGCGGCAGAGCAAUUCAACCCCCUGUCAGCACAGGGAUCCAGCCAUAUGGAUAUUACUGUAUGACUAAAAUGAAUAGAGUUGACCCUUCUCUUGUCUUCCACAGGCUGGUGAAGGAUGCACCAUGGGAUGAGGUCCCUCUCGCUCACUCUUUGGUUGGAUUUGCCACUGCUUAUGAUUUCUUGUACAACUAUCUUAGCAAGUCCCAGCAGGAAAGAUUUCUUGAGGUGAUUGCCAAUGCCUCAGGAUACAUGUAUGAAGCAUCAUACAGGCGGGGAUGGGGAUUCCAGUACCUGCACAACCACCAGCCAACCAACUGCGUGGCCUUGCUGGCAGGAAGCCUGGUUCUGAUGAAUCAAGGUAUGUGCUGAACAAUGAGAGAGUCAUUUUUUAAAAAAGCAUGAUUGAAUCAGUAGCGUUUUCUAGUUGUGAACAAAAGUUUCAGAAGUUGAUACAGUUGCUUGAUAAUCAACAGCUAGUGCAACCAACUGGAAAGGGUAUGUUGGGACCUGCCUCAAGUAGGCAGACCACAGCUGCCUUCCACUUACAUUGAUUUACAGCACAGUAAUAACUCACUUCUCACUUACUGAAGUCAUCUGGGUUUACUGCCAGGUAGCCGUGAUUAGGAUUGCAGCUUUAGUUUAUUUUCAGGACAUCGCCUUGAGAAGUGUUACUGAAGAAGCUCGCUGUUUCUUACUCUUUCUUCUUCAGAAUGCAUUUGCAAGUAAUUUAUUUAUCCUGUAUGUUUUGUAAAACAGCUUGAACGGGAAGGAUAUAACAUGUGAUAUAACAGAGGGAGAAAAAAUUAUCUCUGUCCAUUUAUUCCACACCCUGCAAAACUGUAUAAACCUCCUUUAUCAUUUGCCUAUUUUUCUAAACUAAAAAGUCCCAACUGCUUUAGCCUUUCUUUGUGGGGAAGGGUUUCAACCCCUUGAUCAAUUUGGUCGUCUUUUUCUGCUGGUUUCCUGGUUGUUUUUGAGUUGGAUAGACCAGAAUUGUACAUAGUAAGAUUCCAUGAAAUCCAGCCACAUUAAAUAUUGAUUUAAGUGGUGCAUCACAUUUCCCUUCCUUCCCUUAAUCAGCCCUAGCAUGGAUUUUGCCUUUUUCUCCACUGAUCCACACUGAGUUGCAUCUUCCUUGAGCUAGCCACCACAAACCCAUGACCUUUCGUUUAGUCAGUCACUGACAACCACUGGUCAUUGGCCAGGCAUGAUCCCUUGGCAGAAAACUUGGGCAUUACAUGUUAUCAAAGGCUUGUCUCCUAUAUAUGGAUCCAGCUUAAUACACCUCACCAAGGCUGCAUGUAAGUAACUGCUGCUUGGAGCAGAAGCAGCCAACUCACAUAAGUAGGAAGAUGGAUCAUGCCCCUGGCCUUCACUUGAGGUUUUGGAAUAAUUCAUUUUUAACGAAAGCUGAUAUUCAGGGGAAGCUGAAUUCUUUGCCACUUUCAGUUUGGAUAUUUUCAUAGAAUACUUCCCAUCCUGGUCAUAAACUAGUAUGUGUAAUUUUUUAUAUAUCUGUGUUUAAAAAUGACAUUUUAUAGAUUGUAUCUCUAUUGGGUAUAAUAUUCUCAAUAUUACCUUCCAGGUUAUCUUCAGGAAGCAUACCUGUGGACUAAGCAAGUCCUUGCAAUCAUGGAAAAGUCUAUAGUUCUGCUUCAGGAAGUGACAGAUGGAUCUCUCUAUGAAGGAGUAGCAUAUGGCAGCUACACCACCAGAUCCCUUUUCCAAUACAUGUUCCUUGUUCAAAGGCACUUUGACAUUAACCACUUUAAACACCCCUGGCUUAAAGAACAUUUUGCUUUUAUGUACAGGACAGUUCUGCCAGGUAAGCAGCUCGAAUCAGCUUCAAAAUAAAUGACCAAUGGGUCUUUAGAUGAAGCCCCAAGUUGUGAGAUUCUUGUGUACAGUGGCAGGCUGCAUGCCAGUAUCAAACUGUAGCCCCUCCUGACAGGAGAUAAGUGCUGCUGGAGCUGAGCAGCACCAACCAGCUGUCAAGUGAUACACACAGUGCAAUCACACCUAAAAAUCUGUUCCUGCACACAUAGAGGAUUCUCUGGAUCAAAGUGAUCCAGAAUAUUUGGGUUGGAUCCAAAAGUGCAUUUUUUAAUGCAGAAAGCACUUUCUGCUUUUCUUGCCCAUUUGCCCAUUCAGCUUGCCCAUUUGCCCAACUUGCCUCUCCGCCCCCAGGUAACUAGCAGUGCUGCUGCUGCUGGGAGGUUAGUGCUGCACCUCUACCCCACCAGGCAAGGCGUUCCUGCUGAAAAGGGAGUUAAUAUUGUGAUAUGGAUCUUCCGGCUGCAACUAGACUAUGAAGUUGGACCACAAUUUAUUAAACCAGGCAAACCAUCCUUAUUAGAAUGCCUGCUACAACACAAGUAUUCCCAUACGUGUACAUAUAACUGAGGCAAUACCACUUCACAACUUUAUACUGUUGUUGGGUUUGAGAUUAACAAAAAAGGGGGUGUCUGUUGAAACUCUUUUCUUAAAUUGAUUGCAUGCCAGAUAAAACAUUAUUCAAGAGCAUAGUUAGAAUCCUGGAAAUCUUUAAUUCCCAAGGACUCCCUCUGACUUCAGCAGGACACUCCCAUCUCUGUACUCAAAUAUGCAGUGUUGAGUAAUGUGAUUACAUGGAUACAUGUCUGAUUUUACUUUUCCUCAUAGGAUUCCAAAGGACAGUUGCUAUUGCAGAUUCCAACUACAAUUGGUUUUAUGGACCAGAGAGCCAGUUGGUGUUCCUGGACAAGUUCGUAAUGCGCAAUGGUAGUGGAAAUUGGUUGGCUGAUCAGAUAAGGAGGAACCGAGUGCUUGAAGGCCCAGGGACACCAUCCAAAGGGCAGCGUUGGUGCACGCUUCACACUGAAUUUAUCUGGUACGAGACAAACAAAUCCUAAUGCAGAGAGACUUUUGAGGGUCCUCUGCCAAUGUAUGUAGGAAUAUUGUACUCUGUCCAUGUGCUACCUUGGACAAAAACUGACUGGCAUGAAAUUAACAUCCUUAUGAACUUGGAAUAAAUUUUGAAAUUCUGAAAGCAGCAUCUAAUGAAAACUGAAGAAAAAAUUGGCAGUAAUUUUGUGCAAACCUCAGCCCCAACCUGCCCCCUGCCCCGCAAAAGAAUAAUAAUCAACUUAUGGCACAGAAGAAGCCUUGUGGGGUCUGCCAUUGGCUGGAAAUUAGGCUCCUGAGUAUGUACAAAAUUAUCUUUUACUGUCAGAUCACAGAGGUUUGUAGAUAUUAUGUGCCUCCCAUUUCAGCUCAGGAAACAGAGAAGGCUACAAACCCCAUGAUCCCCAGCAGAAAAUGAUGUUCAUGAAUAUACUUAGGAGCAUCAUUUCUAUCCAAGGAUAGAUCCAGCAAGGCUUCUCCUUUGUCUAGUGAGUCUUCCUUACUGUGGGAUACCUCCUCCUCAUUCUUAGAAGUAGGUUUGUUUGUAUGUUUUAUUAGGAGUCCCGGCUUGGUGGGCUAGGUUGGGGGGACAAAUACCAUUUUGAGCAAGAUACACAUUUAAAGCAAUCUGAACCUGCCUUGAAAUGGAGAGAUGCUUUUUUUCUAAUGGGAAGUUCACAAAUUCUUAUUUGGUGCCAUCCCCAGUGUCAAGGACUGGAGCUUUUCAUGACUACUCUUCCCUGAAUCUUCCUCAUCUGAAAUAUUGCCUUCCCUAGUUGUUUGCAGAUAUUCUAGAUCAUGCGAGUUCCUGUAGUGUAAGAUGCUAUAAUUCAUGCUUAUAGAUAAGCAAAAUCUGCAUUUAAUCAGGACAGUAUUCUUCAGUAAGGAUGGUUAGAGAACGGAAUAUUGUUACCUAUUAAUAUUUAACUGAGAAAAUCAAAAGAGAUGAAUAAUUAAUGCCUAUUAUUGUCAUUCUUUUAUUUUUAUUUUUGGAAAGGUAUGAUGCAAGCCUGGGUUUAGUACCUCCUCCAGACUAUGGCAUUCCAAAACUGCAUUAUUUUGAGGACUGGGGAGUUGUAACAUAUGGAAGUGCACUGCCGGCCGAAGUCAACAGACCUUUCCUCUCCUUCAAAUCAGGAAAACUGGGAGGACGUGCAAUAUAUGAUAUUGUUCACCGAAAUAAAUACAAAGACUGGAUAAAAGGCUGGAGGAACUUCAAUGCUGGCCACGAACACCCAGAUCAGAACUCCUUCACUUUUGCCCCCAAUGGUGUACCUUUCAUAACAGAAGCUCUGUAUGGACCAAAAUACACAUUUUUAAAUAAUGCACUGAUGUUUUCUCCAGCUGUGUCAAAGAGCUGUUUUUACCCCUGGGAAGGGCAAGUUACUGAAGACUGCUCAUCAAAGUGGUUGAAAUAUAAACAUGACUUGGCUGCAGAUUGCCAAGGGAGAGUGGUUGCUGCUAUGGAAAGAAGUGGGAUCAUCUUCAUCAGGGGUGAAGGAGUGGGUGCGUACAACCCCAAACUAAAACUGAAAAGCCUCCAAAGAAACCUGUUACUUAUACACCCCCAGCUCCUCUUGCUAGUGGACCAAAUACUUAUUGACGAUGGUAGCCCCUUGGAGACAGUAGCCAGCUUCUUCCACAAUGUGGAUGUGCCUUUUGAGGAAACAGUUAUUGACGAUGUCCACGGGGCCUUCAUUAGGCAACGAGAUGGAAUGUACAAGAUGUACUGGAUGGAUGACACUGGCUACAGUGAAAAAGGUGUCAUUGCCUCAAGAAUGUAUCCCAGAGGCUACCCUUACAAUGGGACAAACUAUGUGAAUGUCACGACUCACCUGCGAGCCCCAGUCACGAGAGCUGUGUACCUCUUUAUUGGGCCUUCCAUUGAGGUCCAAAGCUUCAGCGUCCAUGGGGAUUCUCAGCAAUUAGAUGUCUUCAUAACAACCGAUGAGCACGCCUAUGCUGUCUAUUUAUGGACCGGUGAGGAUAAAAGCCGCUCUGUCUUUGCACAAGUUAUUGCAGACCGCCAUAAAGUUCUGUUUGACCAAGCCUCAGCUAUUACCAGCCCCCCGGUAUCAGAAGUCAGAGACUACAUGGGGAUAGUAGAAAAGAAUAUUCAGCAUUUCAAGCCUGUCUUCCAGCAGCUAGAGAAACAGAUACUUUCCCGUGUGCGGAACACAGACAGCUUCAGAAAGACAGCUGAGCGCCUGCUGCGGUUUUCAGAUAAAAGGCAGACGGAGGAGGCCAUUGACAGGAUAUUUGCAAUCUCACAACAGCAGCAGCAAGGCAAAGCAAAGAAGAACAGAAAGAUGGCUAAAGGCUAUAAGUACGUUGAUGCUGGUCCCGACAUUUUUGCACAGUUUGAAGUGAAUGAAAGAAAAGUUCGACAGAAGGCGCAGACUUUGGCUCAGAAAGAAUUGCCUGUGGAUGAAGAUGAGGAAAUGAAAGAUCUUCUUGAUUUUGCAGAUAUUACAUAUGGGAAACACAAGGACAGUGUGUUAUUCAAAGGCCGAUCUGGUCUUGCACAGAUGCUGGCAACUGCUCGAAGCAGUGCUCCUUCGAUGUCAGCAUCUUACACCCGCCUCUUCCUCAUUCUGAACAUUGUUAUUUUCUUUGUCAUGCUAGCCAUGCAACUCACUUGGUUCCAAAAAGCCAAGAGCCUGCAUAGCCAAAGAUGUCUUUAUGCGAUCUUGCUAAUUGACAGCUGUAUAUUAUUGUGGCUGUAUUCCUCUUGUUCUCAGUCACAAUGCUAGCAAUAAAAACCCCAGUGAUUGCUACUUGACCAUUCUGUGAUUAGAUAUGUCUUUGCAGAGCAUUAAGCCUAAUAGGGCCAGAAUAUAUUUUGUUCAUCUUCUGACACAUUCCAGAAACCCUUGUGGGAUUGUUGAAUUAUUGUAGUCAGAGAAGAUAAAGUUAAUGGGCAUUGGGGCACUGAACACAUAUCUCAAAAUACCACCUAGAUAUGGGUCAAGUUGCAUUUGUCCUAAGAAUGAAUGUUACAUGUCCUUGUUCUGAACUCAAUAUGUGGCAUUACAUUUCCUUCUUCAAUAGAGAAAUUAUAUCUCUCAGAUGAGUUGUUCCAUAACUUUUGUGAAGUUUUUAAAAUAUGUAACUAUUUUAACAGUCCCCCAAACUGGUUGUUCACACAUGCAGCAAGGUUUUUAGCCAAAGGAUUUCAUCCUUUCUGUCUAGCCAGAGAUAAUUAUAUGAAGGGAGGGUGACGAGAAGUGCUAUUGAUUAUUUGUUGCAUCUUACUGCUUACCUGUCUUAAAACGCAGGCACUACUGUAUAGCACUUCCUGUCAGUAUCACUAUCAUUUUCUCUCUAUCGCCAGUAACAGAAAGUGCUGCUUGCCUUGCCCCCACCUCCAGUCAAGACUAUGCAAGAUCCUUCUUCCAAUCUUUGUAAGCAGAAAGCCAGUUUGGGCUAACUAACAGCUCCUGGAGCAUCAAGACCCUAUCGUGUGUGAAUGCUUUAAUGGGAAAUUAUGACGCCAUAAGCCAAAUGCUGUCAUUUGUCCUUUUCCCCAUUUAUGCUGGAAGGAAAGAGCAGCGAGCUCAUGUUAUUUGGUCAGUGCAAUGCAGAGGCAGCUGGGCCCAUAAAUAAAAUCUCGAAUGAGACAAUAAGGUAUCUUUGCGCUGGCACACGCUUGCAUUUUCAUCACUUAACGCCUGCCUAAUUGAGGGAUGAGUCAUAUAUUGUAACAUACACAACAAGCCAUGAAUAAUUUUGUAAGAUCCUCUCAAGUGAAGGCUUAGCCACACUUCUUCUUGUCCUGUUGCUUUCCCCCCAGGGAAAACGCUUUAGUGCUCAAUCAGAGCACACAGCAAUUUGGGUUUUCUCUGAAUUGAUGUUUCCUUCGACUUAGCACUAAAGAGCAGGGCAAGGGAAAAACCCCUCGCACGUUUGCCUAGAAAGUGCAAGUCAAGUGAAUAAACACUCAGACCUGUGCUUUCUAGACACAAAAUUGUGGACGAGCCCUGAGUUUCACUAGUGUCAGUUCACAUAAUCUGUUGCCAGUCAGCAAAUGUUUCAUGUUCAGGUAGAUGACCCUCAUGGCCCCUUCUAUCUCUACAAUGACAUGAUUUUAUAUGAGCCAGAACUUAGCUUUCCUGAAGAAGCCUGGGGAACGCAUUAGGUAACUGGGGAAAAGGGAACAGGGGUGUUCAGCCCCAUCUAUACCAAAGUGCUAUCCAGUUGGGAAUGUUUGUAUUGAGAGUGUGGGUGAAAUGUAUAGGAUAAUGUACAUUUUUGUGGAAUUACUUCUAGGUGGGAUUCUAGAUGCCAUAGACCUCUAGUUGACCACUGUGAAUAGAUGCUGGACUAGAUGGGCCUUUGGUCGGAUCCAGCAGAGUUCUUUUUAUGUUCUUAGCAGUCUUUCUGUGUGGAAAUUUUCUGAGAUUAACUGAUUGAUGAGGCCCUAGCUCCUCCCAGUUUUUAGGAUAUCGGCCUGUAUGUAUCUAGAAGUUCCUGAAACAAGAAAAGACAUCGCUUCUGCAAUUAAUGAAUGUGCCUCGCUUGCAUGCAGGAAUCGUGGGGAUGAUAUUUAAAUCCAAGGCAUUUGAAAAUGAAUAUGAGUUGAGGAAAUGGUUUUUAUUGUACACAUUGAAGAAAAUACAGUGCUUUUUCCAAAUGCAUUUUGCUAAAUAAAGAGAUUAUAAAUGUCUGUGGUAUCUC